GCUUAGAGGAGGAAUAAACUUGAGCAGACUAAUUGUAGGUUAUGAGUUCUUGUGAUUAUUAACAGCAGAUACGGACUUAUCACUUCAUAAGGCAUAAGAUUCGCCCCGGCCGGCCGGCGAGCGGUCAGCUAAAACUGCACCGAUAGAGGGUUCUGAAGCAAGCGUCUGAUUGGUCGAUUCAAACCGGGCACGAGGAGGGAUUUGUUACCAUUACUCAAAUGUUCCGAGACCUAACCUCGCUCAUUACAAGCGGCUCUAGUUUAUUGCAAACCUCGCGCGACGGUGGUGAGCUUGCGCUCUACCUGCGUACAAAUCCCCGAGUUCAAUCCGUGUUUUCUGAAAGUUUCCCAGUUUUCUGCUCCGAAUUUUGAUUCACCAUUUUCAGUCUUAGUGUUAUCUCUAUCCUUACUAAAUUUAGUCUUCCUUGAAAAUUUUAAAUUCAUGAUUAUCAGUUAUAAAAUUUAUACUCGGGUUUUUUCAGUGCCCUCUUUACAGUUUUAAUUAUGCAGAGACGAAUCUUCGACCGAAUUUUAAUCGAAUGGGUGGCGUGAUUUGCUCUACAGUUUAAUCGAAUUUUCCUAGGAAGGCCUUUGUGUCUGGAUGAAUCAUUCAUUGACCUGGCGGAUCGAAGAUGGGCCAUUACUAAAAAGUAAAAAAUGGGAGAUGAUGAGCAUGGGUAGAUGGGUCUUAAGCCUUCUUCCUUGGAUCGAGCGAAGACUACCCAAAACUGGGUCCUUAAAGACCGAACACAUUCGGAUAAGACUUCAAUCAAAGUUCGUUCAAAUGACAGAAAUAUAGAGAGGUCGAACAUCAGGAAGUUCCCGGACUGGACCAACUCAGAACUGACCGACUCGGGGACCCCAAGAAGACGCGAGAGGAGGCAGAGACACGGCCAGAGGCGUCAUCUCCAUUCGAGAAAUUCUAAAAGCUCCAGUUCUCAUCAUUCUGAGAAAGUUCGAUUUGGGUAUCAGAUCAUCGACAUCGAUGCUUUCCUUGCCAAGGCAUCUCUGAGUAAUCCUGGGAAUAUACCUGUGGUAUUAUCUUCUCCUUGUGUACUUUAUCAAACAAGAUUUGGUGGUUAUCAGGAUGAAAUCCCACUGCCACUAGGCAUGGUUGUAAAUGCAGUCUUCAAGAAUCAGAACUGGCUGUACGUGCAAACACCUCACAGUGAAGAAGGCUACAUUCCCUACAAUACGUGCCUGCCGUUGGGCAUACUGCCACCACCCAGCUCCAAGACGUCUCCAUGCUGGGAGACACACACAGAUAUUUUUCCUCGGCCAACUGGAAAUAAAACGGACUAUGAAAAGCUGAGAGUAGGAUCUAAGUCCGAGUGUGGUGACAGUUUAGGUAGAUACUACAACUUUCGACAGCCAGUCUUAAACUGCGGAGAGCACAGUAUUGACAGGCUUUACUUAAAAGCUACCUCACAUCCAAAAGAUAAGGGAUUCUGUCAAACUCUGUUGGUCAUAAGUGAUGAUUUUCAAAGUGAUGAUCAUAACACUUUGGCAGUUAAUAAAAAUGAUGUUGUUGUUCUAAUAAACAGGCAUAUGAAUAACUGGUUUUGGGUACGGAAUAAGCUUGGUCAAGAGGGCUUGAUACCUAGCCACAUAGCGGGUGAUGGAUAUUUAUGAAUGGAUGAAUAUUUAUUGUAUUUUUGUUGGGUUGAUUGUAGAAACUCUCAAAGAAAUAUGAUUAAUAUUAAAAUACUCAGAAAGGGGGUAUCUCAGAUUAGUCUAGUCCUAUUGGCUAAGAAUAAAAAUUUGAAGUUAAGAUAAAAGGUUGUUUCCUUUGAUGAAUAUAAAAUAGCUUGUGAAAAAUAGCAUUUUCAGCUAUAUUUUAGAACUGAAUGUUCACGGAUAAGAAAUGCAAGGCAUGUUGCGUUUUUAGUUUAAGAAAAAGCUAAGUCAAUAAUUUCAGAUCUUUCAAAAGUAAACUAAUUAUGAAAUACAGCUUGACUCAUUCUCUAUUAACUGUAGUCUUAUUUCCAAGAUCUUGGGUCUUAAAAUUCAACAGUGGGAUUGUAAAAAUGCAAAUCUCGAUUGCAAGGUUUCAAAAUUUCCUCUCUUAUUUAAUUACUUGAAAAAAAACAAAGCUGAGGUCAUGACUUGACAUUUUCACAUAUUAUUUUUAACAAAGAGAAGGAACAUUAUCAACGAUUUCAAGAAAUGAUAUCAAGGAAUUUCCUCUUGAGAAAAUGAAGUAUGACAGGAAGAGUGCGGAGCCAAAAAUCGAGCUACCAUUUUCUGCAGUUUCACUGUCUAAUUAUUAAAGCAUCAUCAGGGGUUUUUGCUUUGUAGGCAAGGUUGCAACCCGUGAUUUGUUUUACUGAAAUGUUUUCAAUAUUAUUUUGCUUGUCUUUCCUUUAAAAAUUAAAUGUAAUAACUUUUUCUGAACUUUACACCAAUAAAACCAAUUAUUACAUGAAGAAGAGAUGAAUAAUGAGUUUAUCUCACCAGUCUAUGC